UUCCUUUUUUGCAGUUCGUGCGUGAUCUCGUGCACCAAAAGACCGUAAGCGGAGGUUCAGAGCAGACAAUUCCUGUUUCUUCAUUUGCCGAAUCAGAGUUAUCCAUUGGAAAAUUGUCCAUCGGUCGAUAAUAAGGGAUCAAAUUCAAGCAGAAAAAUGUCUACUGUGGCAAGUGCUCUUUCAUUGGCAGGCACGCGGUCUACUGGAGCGCCGGUUCGCACCCAAAAUAUUAUGGCCGCGGCUUCGAUUGCCAACAUCGUUAAAUCUUCCCUCGGCCCGGUUGGGUUGGACAAGAUGCUGGUGGAUGACAUCGGAGAUGUGACGGUCACAAACGAUGGCGCCACCAUUCUGCGGCUGCUGGAAGUGGAACAUCCGGCCGCCAAGGUGCUCUGUGAGCUGGCCCAGUUGCAGGACGAAGAGGUAGGCGACGGAACGACCUCGGUUGUGAUCAUUGCUGCCGAACUGCUGAAGAACGCCGACGAGUUGGUCAAACAGAAGAUUCACCCGACGUCGAUCAUUGCCGGGUAUAGGUUGGCCUGCAAGGAAGCUUGCAAGUACAUUUCCGAACAUCUGACGGCGCCGGUCGAUGAACUGGGCCGGGACACGUUGAUCAACGUGGCCAAGACGUCGAUGAGCUCGAAAAUUAUCGGUGCCGAUGCAGACUUUUUCGCCGCCAUGGUUGUUGAUGCUGCCCAGGCUGUUAAGAUUACUGAUCCCAGAGGUAAUCCCGUGUAUCCGAUCAAGGCCGUCAACGUUCUGAAAGCGCACGGAAAGUCAGCUCGCGAAAGUAUCUUGGUGCAAGGCUAUGCCCUUAAUUGUACCAUCGCUUCGCAGCAGAUGCCAAAGAAGAUUACAAACGCCAAGAUCGCCUGUUUGGACUUUUCCUUACAGAAAACCAAAAUGAAGAUGGGCGUCCAGGUGUUGAUUACAGAUCCGGAAAAGCUCGAAGGCAUUCGUGCCCGUGAGCUUGACAUUACCAAGGAGAAAAUCGAAAAAAUCUUGGCCACCGGGGUAAAUGUGGUGCUGUGCAGUGGUGGCAUCGAUGAUCUGUGCCUUAAAUAUUUCGUCGAAGCCGGUGCCAUGGCAGUUCGACGGGUGAAGAAAUCGGAUCUCAAGCGCAUUGCCAAGGCUACCGGUGCUGCAUUCCUUACCUCGUUGACCAAUCUGGAUGGCGAAGAGAGUUUUGAGGCCAGCUAUGUCGGUGAAGCAGCUGAAGUUGUCCAGGAGUUCAUCUGCGACGAUGAGUUGAUCAUGAUCCGUGGACCGAAAGCACGGACGGCAGCUUCGAUUGUGUUGCGUGGGCCCAACGAUUUCUACUGUGAUGAAAUGGAACGGUCGAUCCACGAUGCGCUCUGUGUGGCCAAACGGGUGCUGGAAGGCAAAAAAGUGGUUGCUGGUGGUGGAUGUGUUGAAGCUGCUUUGUCUAUUUAUCUAGAAAAUUUCGCCACUUCUCUCAGUUCCCGGGAACAGCUGGCCAUUGCCGAAUUCGCUAAGUCUCUCCUGGUAAUUCCGAAGACACUGGCUGUGAAUGCCGCCAAGGACGCAACAGAUCUGGUAGCUAAAUUGCGAGCUUAUCAUAACUCCAGCCAGACCAAGGUCGAUCACGCCCACCUUAAGUGGUGCGGACUGGAUUUGAUCGAAGGUGUGGUCAAGGAUAACAAAAAGGCUGGUGUGCUGGAACCGGCUAUGUCCAAAAUCAAAUCCCUCAAGUUUGCAACGGAAGCCGCUAUCACGAUCCUGCGUAUCGACGACAUGAUUAAACUCAAUCCAGAACAAAAACCGGACAAAAGCUAUGGUGAUGCGUGCGCCGCCGGUGAAUUAGACGGUUAAGUCACUCUUACUCCAGUUCGAUAAAUUUAUUCUUAAAACUAACAACUUUAAGUAAGACCUCUGUUCCAUCCUAAACCAGUCGUAGUCAUAAACAACUUAUUCGCAGAACAUGUUUUCGAACCACAAAUCCAUCGUCAUUUCCCACGUAUUGCUAAUUCCUGCUACCUAACAUGUUAAACUUUAAGUUUGCGUUUACGGCACCGUGUUGCUUUUAUAAGAGCGUACUCAGCUUCUACAACUGUGAGAAUUGAAAACAAAAAAUGGCACAACCCCUAAUAAAAACCACGUUUUAUAACAUUAAA